AACAUAAGCUGUCGGUGUUGCUGGCUGCCUGCUCUGGCAGUCAGUGCCUCCCAAAGCAGACGCGUCACUGCCCUCUUCUCCAGCUGCGCAUCACCAACCCUGGGCACAGAUUCCGAUCAGAAACGUUUCAGUUUUUCAUCGUUGCUCCUGCCUGCUGCAGUCACCGGUGGCUGCUGGUCCAGGGAACCAGAGUACGCCGUGGUACACAACAACAGCAGGACGAUAGGGGUACCAGCAGCGGAAAUGCCUCUGGAAGUGAGGUGCCCUCCAGAUGGCCGAGGGACGCCAAUUCCUGAGUCCUCGAUACCGUUUUGGAAGAACCUCGUCGCAGGAGGCGGCGCCGGGCUGGUGGAGAUCGCGUGCAUGUAUCCUACAGAUGUGGCGAAGACACGACAGCAACUCUCGGGAGGGAAAACGACCUCGAUGGUGUCAAUCUUCCGAGACAUCAUCCAGAAUGAGGGGCCUGCCAACCUCUACCGAGGUGUGGCGAGCCCGGUGAUGGCAGAGGCACCCAAGCGGGCAAUCAAGUUCAGCCUCAACGCGUCGUUCAAGAAGCUUCUCCAGAAAGACGACGGGACUCUGCCGUCCUACCGAGCGGCUGCGGCGGGAUCUCUGGCGGGGAUGACGGAGUGCUCCGUCAACACCCCUUUCGAGGUGGUGAAGGUACAGAUGCAGGCCAAGGAAAACCUGGGGCGUUACACCGGGGUCAUCCAUUGCGCAUCCAGCCUGUUGCAGACUGAAGGCCCGUUCGCACUGUACAAGGGGCUGGAGUCGCAUCUGUGGAGGAACGCAGUCUGGAACGGCGUGUACUUUGGCAUGAUUGGCGCCAUCAAGACAUCUAUCCUGCCUGCACCGGCGGGUGUCGACAAGGCGACCAAGAGGGGCUACGAUUUCGUGUCGGGGAUGGUGGGAGGCACGCUGGCGACGAUAGCCAACACGCCGUUUGACGUGGUGAAGUCGCGAAUGCAGAACCAGCUCAAGGUGGAGGGCCAAAUUCCCAAGUACAAGCAUACGAUCCCGUCCCUCAUCACAGUCGUGAGCGAGGAGGGAUUGGCAGCCGUGUACAAGGGCAUCGGCCCACGGCUCGUCCGGCUAGGUCCUGGCGGCGGAAUCAUGCUCGUGUCCUUCAACGCCAUCUUGGACCUACUCAACGACUUAUGACCAGGGGAUAGCGCUGACGAGACACAGCAGCAGCCGCUAGCUGUGUGGUUGGUAGCUUUGCGAGUAGGUGCGUGUCGAGAUCGACCGGCGGAAGUUUCUUCUGGAGGCGUUUUUUACCGUUAGCAACGCUGCUCUUUGUGCCUUGAAAGGUGCUGCUUGGACGAAAGAAUGGCGGUGCUUAUAGAGUGGUAGAGAACGCCUGCCAGUGUUUGGUUCUGCGAAUAGUUAGCUGGACAUCGGCUUUUCGAUAUAUUAUGCGCUCUAUAGGACAAAAUUAGUCUCUUGGACGAAAUUUUGGUGUUGUGAUUCGUCCGGGUGGCGCCAGUUAUGAUAUGCUCUUGCAGUUUGAUGGCGGGCGACCUCGUGUCGUGGGUUGCACUGACCGAGUGAUACGUGUAUGGUUCGGUGUGUUUUUUUUAUGGUCAAUGGUACGAAAUGGGUUUGUUUGUUGACAACACACUCACGCCAUUGCUCAUUUUGAAAAGGCGAUGUUACUCAUUUUCAAGAUGGCACUGCGUUGCUGAUCGUCCUUGGUCUGUGGGCUAGUCCAGAUCUUGAACGUAUUCUUUCAUGAGUCGGCAGGCAGUUCAGCAGUAUGUUGCCAAGGUCAAAUACCCGCACGGUCUUACGUAAUACAACCGCAAGCGUACGUUGUAAAGUAACUGGAUGUGUUUUUGGAGUAUUUUGAUACUUCGUCAAGUUUGUCAGUUUUGCCGCCCCCCAUCCCCCCCCGGUUUUUGCC